CCAGAGAUGGUUACCAUCGCCGUGAAGAAGGGCGGCAGGAUAGACAUCGUCGCAGACGCGUGGCACCUCGAGCAAGACUGCCAUUACGAAUGGCACCUUGCCUUUCCUCUGCGGACAGUCGACAUGACUUCCCUUCGCGCCACGUUCAAUGACAGCGGGACACUG